GAGGUGGACACGAUGCUCGCAAGUUAGCGACAGAUAACAUAAAUGUGCUCAAAACUUUGUUAAAUUAUAUAAUAGUGUUUUAUAUUUUGUUCAAUUAAAUAAAAGUGUUCGUGUUGUGUUGAAAAUGGGGAAAAGUGAAUCAUGGAUUACGCCUUUCAAGAAACAGUGUUUCGUCUCACUUGGAGUAUCUUUGAACAUGGCUGCUCAUGGCCUAGUGAUGGGAUUCGCAGCCAUACUGCUGCCCCAGCUCCGACAACCUGACUCCAUCAUUCCUAUAGACGACACCUCUGGCUCUUGGAUAGCUGCAAUCCUGGGAUUCGCCCUCGUCGCCGGUAAUUUCAUAGUGCCUACCAUAAUGGCAAAAUACGGCAGAAGAACUGCAAAUCUGGCCAGCUUAGUGCCAAUGAUCGUUGGCUGGUUCUGCAUCAUCCUCGCUACAAACAUAACUAUACUCCUCGUCGCAAGAUUCCUCCAAGGCCUCGCCAUGGGAAUGAGUGCUUCUUUAGGCCCCGUGUUAAUCGGAGAAUACACCAGCCCAAAGAAUAGAGGAGCAUUUCUUACGGUCAUAUCAUUAACGAUAGCGACGGGUGUUCUUUUUGUCCAUUCCCUGGGAUCCUUUCUGUCUUGGCAAGUGACUGCUUUGGUGAUCGCGUUCGUCGUUUUCGCGGAUUUAUUGAUAGUGAUAUAUUCUCCAGAAUCACCUAGUUGGCUGGCUGAUCAAGGAAAAUACGAUGAGUGUAGGAAGGUGUUCAGAUGGCUGAGAGGGGACGGGGAGGAUGAUGAGCUAGAAAAAAUGAUAGAUGCGAGCAGAUUUAUAAGAGAAGCCAAAGCACUCGCAAACUUGCCGGACACUUUUGUGAAGAAAAUUAGAAGUAAUAUAGCGUACAUGAACACGACAAUGCGGAAAAAAGAGUUCUACAAACCCAUUUUUAUAAUGAUCCACAUUUACACAUUAGGACAGUGGGCCGGUGCAAAUAUUUUGGCCGCGUAUACAAUGGAUAUCUUCGCGAAUGUUAUUGGGACUGGAGCGAACAUUUCCCUGAUGGUGAUCACCCUUGAUAUCCAGAGGAUUAUUUCGAAUACCAUGGCCGUUUAUGUGAUAAAGAAAGUCAAGCGCAGGACCAUGCUUUUUAUAACCGUUGCUAUAAAUCUGUUUGCGUUUUUGGCCACAGCAGCCUACACCUACUGCAAAGGUCAUAAUCUUCUGCCAUUUGAUCACCCAGCUAUUGGGAUUGCUCUCAUUCAUAUACACAUGUUCUCCAUAGCGACUGGCACGGUUCCUCUGCCCUUUAUCAUAGCUGGGGAAGUAUUUCCGUUGGAAUACAGAAGUCUUGCUGGCGGUCUUAGUGUCCUAUUCCUGUCAUCAAACCUGUUCAUCACGGUGAAGACUGUGCCAUAUUUAUUCAAAAAUUUUGGUAUUCAUGGAGCGUAUGUUUUGUACGCAGUCGUGGUGGGAUACUGUCUGGUGAUCGCGUGGCUCUUCUUGCCAGAAACAAAGGACAGAACUUUACAAGAGAUUGAGAACGAGUUCCGAGGGAGACCUCUUUCUCCCGAGGAACUGAAGUCCACUCAAUCUCUCACUUCUAUGAAGCAAUUUAAUACGGACAGACGGUGUAGUAGUCCAGUUAUAUGAUUAGUACCUCCCAAGAAUAAUUUAAAGCGUUAUUGUGAUAUAUUAUAUUGUAGAUAUUAGCUGGCUGAAGGUCACAUACUUACUGCUAUGUACCAGUAUAAGUUUGUACAUGUAUAGAUAGGUAUGUAAGUACAAACCUAUUGCGUGACUUGAGCUGCAAAACGCCAAGGGUACUUCAAUUCGUAAAGCCAAUGUAGAUAAUGUAUCUAUACUCACUUUUUCUUACUUGUCCUUUUAUGUAAAUUAUCUUU